CACAACCAGAGUCUUCGGUGGUAAUUCCCUGGUCUUCCCAACUAGCAUUUUGAAAGUGCAUUAACAUUUCUGGCCUUGCACUCUUUCGUCGGACUUCUAACGGGAUGAUGAAAGAUCAGUGGACUCCUAACUAUCUGCAGUCUGUGGAGUUUCAGGUUGCUUAGAAACUCAGUGACUAUGGGCUUGCUAUGGCAACCCAAUUUAUCAGUGACUGCAAAACUAACUUAGCUGGCAUUGUGGCAAAUCUCCAUAUUUUGCUGACAGCUUUCAAAUGAUUAGAAGAAUUGAUUAUUUCUGCGACUCAUCAGUUCAUUUCCUGUAAAAAUUCAUGUCUUGCUGUUGAUUUGUGAAUAAGAACCAGACCUUGUAGAAACCACCUUAAUCAUAUCCAGGAGUUUGCAAGAAACAGGUGCUUAACACUCAUUCACCUCCUGAACAAGAAAAAUGGGCUGUGACCGCAACUGUGGACUCAUCACUGGGGCUGUCAUUGGUGCCGUCCUGGCUGUGUUUGGAGGUAUUCUAAUGCCAGUUGGAGACAUGCUUAUCCAGAAGACAAUUAAAAAGGAAGUUGUCCUUGAAGAAGGUACAACUGCUUUUAAAAAUUGGGUUAAAACAGGCACAGAAAUUUACAGACAGUUUUGGAUCUUUGAUGUGCAAAAUCCACAGGAAGUGAUGAUGAACAGCAGCAACAUUCAAGUUAAGCAAAGAGGUCCUUAUACAUACAGAGUUCGUUUUCUAGCCAAGGAAAAUAUAACCCAGGACCCUAAGGACAACACAGUCUCUUUCCUACAGCCCAAUGGUGCCAUCUUUGAACCUUCACUAUCAGUUGGAACAGAAGCUGACAACUUCACAGUUCUCAAUCUGGCUGUGGCAGCUGCAGCCCAUAUCUAUCCAAAUCCAUUUGUUCAAGUGGUACUCAAUUCGCUUAUUAACAAGUCAAAAUCUUCUAUGUUCCAAGUCAGAACUUUGAGAGAACUGUUAUGGGGCUAUACGGAUCCAUUUUUGAGUUUGGUUCCAUACCCUGUUACUACGACAGUUGGUAUGUUUUAUCCUUACAACAAUACUGUGGAUGGAGUUUAUAAAGUUUUCAAUGGAAAAGACAGCAUAAGUAAAGUUGCCAUAAUUGACACCUAUAAAGGUAAAAGGAAUCUCUCCUAUUGGGAAAGUUAUUGCGACAUGAUUAAUGGUACAGAUGCAGCCUCGUUUCCACCUUUUGUUGAGAAGAGCCAGGUAUUGCAGUUCUUUUCUUCCGACAUUUGCAGGUCAAUCUAUGCUGUAUUUGAAUCCGACGUUAAUCUGAAAGGAAUCCCUGUGUAUAGAUUUGUUCUUCCAUCCAAGGCCUUUGCCUCUCCAGUUCAAAACCCAGACAACCAUUGUUUCUGCACAGAAAAAAUUAUCUCAAAAAAUUGUACAUCAUCUGGUGUGCUAGACAUCAGCAAAUGCAAAGAAGGGAAACCUGUGUACAUUUCACUUCCUCAUUUUCUAUAUGCAAGUCCUGAUGUUUCAGAAACUACUGAUGGAUUAAACCCAAAUGAAGAAGAACAUAGGACAUACUUGGAUAUUGAACCUAUAACUGGAUUCACUUUACAAUUUGCAAAACGGCUGCAGGUCAACAUAUUGGUCAAGCCAUCAAACAAAAUUCAAGUAUUAAAGCGUCUGAAGAGGAACUAUAUUGUGCCUAUUCUUUGGCUUAAUGAGACUGGGACCAUUGGUGAUGAGAAAGCAAAGAUGUUCAGAAGUCAAGUAACUGGAAAAGUAAACCUCCUUGGCCUGAUAGAAAUGAUCUUACUCAGUGUUGGUGUGGUGAUGUUUGUUGCUUUUAUGAUUUCGUAUUGUGCAUGCAGAUCAAAAACAACAAAAUAAGCAGCAAAUGAUUCUUCACAUUUAUGCACCAGUUACGUCAUGACCCUGGGUAAUACUGACCUACAGGAUGAAAAUUGGAUAUGCUUUACUUUUACAAAGCACACCUUAUCUUUUAGUUGAAGAAAUGGUGGCACUAUUUCUUUUUUUGUAUUAAGCAACUGCACAUUUCAAAAGGAUUAUUGAGAUGUUGUGAAAAUCUCUACCUUGCACAAAAAAACUCCAGCAGCUUUUAAAAUUCAUCAUUUCCACAACUGAAUUGAUUUCCAUUUCUACAGACCUGGCUCAAGCACAAACCAGUUUCUUUGUGUUGUUCUGAUUCAAUAAUUGGUUUCUGGGUGGCCAAUUCAGAAGAGUGGACAUUCUCAACAAAUCCUAGGCCCUGCAUUCCUGUCAUCCUCAUCCAGGGGAAAACACCAUCAAUCCUUCAAUUGCAAUAGUCUCCAGGACCAUCAGCAUAUUGCAUUUCAUGCACACCAAAUAUUUUGAAAGACAUUUAUAAAUAAUUCACUUAUGACUCACAUUUCUCUAUGAAUUCCUGCAUACAGCAAAUAUAACUCUUUUCUUUAUGGGCUUAUAUAUUUUGUCACUGAUCAUGCAAAUGGACAACAUUUUAGCACACUUUAGCUAUUCAUAUUUUAAGGACUUUUAUUCUCUGUUCUGCAACUCUUCUGGAAAUAGAGUAAAUUUUGCUGUUUUUUUGUACUCAGUUGCAACUUAUGCUUGGCAUCUUCCGAAUGCUUUUCUAGCAUUAAGAGAUGUAAAUGAUAAAGGAAUUAUUGUAUGAAAUAUUACAAAGAGUAGAAUAUGCGUUGUUAUUCAUUGUAAUAUUUUUUGCAUCAUAAUCGCCUCAUAAAGACUGGUUUCAACCAUUAAAAAAUGUUCUUCCUUAAAUUCCUGUGCGUUUUCUAGUUCCUGUUGUAUCAUAAAAUGUUUAUCCUCAUUUUCUGUCCGAAGUAUAUUUUAUCUGAAUCCACAGUUCUUUAUAAAUCCAUAGUUCUUGCUGAAAUAUGCUUUCUAAAUUUUGACCACUCUAGUCUAAUUUUUUAAGUUAAUUGAAGAACAAAAAAGACAUUCAGUUUCAUCCUUUAUAGCAGUAGGACAAUUGUAAGGGUUUUUGCUUUUUCAUAAGGAGACACAUUAAUAGGUAACCCUGCUUUCUUUAGCAGGGGUUCACUUAUUUCUGAGAGCGUUAGUCCUCCUAAAAAGAAAGGGGAAGACACACCAAAUUCUAUCUUGUGUUUUACCCACAGAAGGAUACAGGACAAAGGAGUAGUAACUGGCCUGUUUGGAUACUAAAAUUGAAAAUAACUUAGCCUCCUUAUGAGAGCUGCCAGGGUAAAUGCUGAGCAUUCCUAUGGAAAAGCCACAAACCAAGAUUCUACCUGUUUGGAAAGAUCUUUUGAAUCUCUGAAGGCGCUUAAAGCAUAGUUAGUGCCUCUCCUUUUAACUGGGAGGAUAAAAGUAUCUGUCCAAGAUAUUAAUAUGUAAGAUAACAUUGUAGACAUGUUAUUCUGAUAAUACAAGUUUUAUUUACAUUAGAAUAUUAGGAUAUUUGUGGACAUGUCCAUCUAAUAUAAAGCUUUUUUUUAAUCAUCAAGACAUGUAGGGCUGAGUUAUAUAAUGUAGAAACUUCUAAAGAUAAUUGGAUGAGAAUAUACAUAUUGACCUGUAUAUUAUGACUAAUCAUUACUCAGAUCUUAAUACAGGGAUGAUCUCAUAGCAUUUAGAUAUCAGAAAAGGUUUUGACCUAUAUGUAUUUAAUAUUGUUUGAAUACAUGUAUAAUCUUUAUCAUUCCUCGUUGUUUGAUUUCUCAAAUUCUGUAAAAGGAAUACAAGAGGAAAGAAUUCAUACACAAAGACAACGAGAUUAAAAAUAUGCAGUAGGAAAAACAAUUACUUAAAGAAGGGGAGGUUUUUUUUACAUGAAAUCUGGGGUUUGGAAAUGUGUGUGUGCACACGCAUGUGCACUAUGGUGGGAGUGGGGCAAUUUGGGGAAUAUGUUACAUGUGUGACUUUGUUUUGCCCUGGUGAAGUGAAUGUUGUUUAGAAAGGGUAAAUGUUUGGACACUUGCAAUUGUUCGUGGAUGAAUUUAUAUAUUUUAGUCUUAGAAAAAUUGUACCCUUUGGUAGAAGCACAUUUUCUUUCCAAAGUUGGUUAUUAACCACAGAAUUAUAGCAGUUACUCAUAACAGGUUUGAAAAUCAAUAGCAUCUGCAAAUGGAUUAACAGAUUAGAGAAUCAACAGCAUCGGAAAAUAGGUUAAUGCAUAUUGCUUCUAACAAGUGCAUGAAGAAAUAGAAGAAGCUAUGUAGCUUUCGGUUCUGACAGAAAGGGGUGAAGGUGGGUAUCAUUUCAAGAAAAAAAAUACAGCUAUGUACACAAUGGUUAUCUCUGAAAAUAUUUGUGUUAAGAUGUAUACAUGGCCAGGCAUGGUAUCUCACGCCUGUAAUCCCAGCACUUUGGGAGGCUGAGGCAGGUGGAUCAUGAGGUCAGGAGAUCAAGACCGUCCUGGCCAACAUGGUGAAACCUCGUCUGUACUAAAAAUACAAAAAUUAGCAGGGUGUGGUGGCCCAUGCCUGUAGUCCCAGCUGCUCUGGAGACUGAGACAGGAGAAUCGCUUGAGCCUGGGAAGCCGAGGUUGCAGUGAACCAAGAUCACGCCACUGCACUCCAGCCUGGUGACAGAGCGAGACUCUAUCUCAAAAAAAAAAAAAAAGUAAACAUGUACAAAUUUCUUAACCUGUUAUCAAUGUCUGAGCUACAUAAUUAUCUUUCUAGUUGGAGUUUGUUUUAGGUGUGUACCAACCGACAUUUCAGUUUUUCUGUUUGAAGUCCAAUGUAUUAGUGACUCUUUGGCUGCUCUCUUCACCUGCCUCUUGUGGCCUGUCUACGAUUCUAAAUGGAUUUUGAACUGAAUGUUGUCCCUUCUGGUUUCCUACAUAUACCAACAGUAUUACCUAUGACUGAUUUUUCCUGAGCUAUUUUCACUGAGCUGAGCUAAUGAACUAAAACUGAGUUAUGUUUUAUAUUUGUAUCAAAUACAUAAAAGGAACACUCUGCUUUUUCCUUUUGUGGUUCAAAGGUAAGCUGAAUUUUAAAAUAUUUCUGAAAAUAAAUACUUUUGUUAUUAGAAAAA